AUGGGUCCCACGGCAUCUCAGUCGGUAGCCUUGUUCAGUAUUAAAGGACAACUGGAUAUCGUCGAGAACCUCCACGUCUACAACAUCUCGGUGUUCGAUACCUCUGAUGGUGCCCGCAUAAAGAUCUGGCUCGACGUGCUGCCAAACACGACCGGGUCUGAAGCAGGAGGCGGUCUCGGUCAUGUUCAGAACGUUAUAUUUGAGAAGUAUGAGAACAAGAACAACGACCAUAGGCUUUCCUCAACAAAUUUCUUCCGAGUCAAUAGCUGA